AUGGAUGAUGUAUUCAAGCUUGGUCCUGAUUACUACCGAUCGCCAGGGGAGUGGACGUACAAGGGCUAUGUUUUGGGUGGCUACAACCGGAAAGAUAUAUUUGAGUGUCCCGACUUUGCGGAAUACAGAGUGGAUGACUGUUUUGUGGUGUCAUAUCCCAAAUCAGUUCUCGAUAUCAUAUCCGCGUGUAUGUACAUCAAUGCUGCUUUGGUUGGGUUAUCCGGCAAUAUUAUGGUGUGUCGUAUUUUAUAUAAGAACAAGGAACUAAGAACUCCGUCGAACAUCCAGCUAUUAUCGUUAGCUAUAGUAGAUGUGUCAUCUUGUAUCUUAACUUCAUUUGUGCGGUUUGGUUUGAUGGUUAAAAGUCUUCUGUACGGGGCAAUCGAUAUACAAGGUCCGUGUUGUGCUUUGCAUAUGUUUGGUUUUUACACCUCAACUAUCACAACUUUAGUUUCCCUAGGAGCUAUCAGUGUCUCGAGAGCGAUAGGUAUUGCAGAUAAGUGUUCGCGGAGUACCAAGAAAACGGUAAACAUCUAUUCGAUCGUUGUCAGUUGGAUUACAGGCAUAGGCUGUAGCACAUUAAAGACAUGGGCCGGGGAAGACCUCAUGUGCAACCCAGAGUCUGUAACUAUGGGUGUGAAAAAUGUCGCAGGAGUUGGAAUAAUACUAGUAUUCAUCAUACUGUUUACAAUGGUUGUAUCAUAUUCCUACAUCUACCGCGUGCUCAAUCGACAUGAGAAAGCAUUUCAACAAGCUAUGGCGGCAGGAGGCAAUAGUCAACAUUUUAAACGCAAGCCAAUGAACGUUGCGAUAUUAAAGGUAGCCGUCUUACUCAUUUCAAUGUUCAUAAUAUCAUAUUUACCACUUGCAUUUUAUGGUGUAAUUGCGGCUAAUGUUGAUGGAUAUAGAAGUGAGCAUGUAGCUAGCUUAACUUUAGCGUUCGUUUGUUUCUGCAGCAUGAUAAAUCCUAUAAUAUACACUUUAACUUUCAAUCAGUUCAAUAAAUAUUUACCUUGUAAGAAACAGACAUCUCUCAAUGAAAUUGAGUUAAAACGACGAGGCAUAUCAGGGAAAAAAGCCAAUAGUAAUAACAACGAUAUAAUCAGUAUCAUUGCCAUAUGUAUCAUCUUUGAUGAGUGCCUCCUUUUUUCGAAAACAUGA